AUAGUAUCAGUCUCUCUUCUUCCAGUAGAAAGUAUUGCUGAUAUAUCUCUGAUAUUUUUUGAUGGACUGCUGAAGGCAUUGCUUCCAGCUAUCUUCAUGAAUAUUUAUGUUGUGGGGCUGAAUCAGUUGUUCGACAUUGAAAUCGAUAAGGUUAAUAAACCAAGACUUCCGCUAGCUUCUGGGGAAUUCUCCCUGGAAAUUGGAAUAGCCAUAGUAGCUCUUUGCUGUGUCCUGAGUUUUGCUUUGGGAGUGAAGUCUCAGUCCCCUGCCAUACUAAGUGCCUUGCUCAUCAGCUUUUUCCUUGGAAGUGCAUAUUCCAUCAAUCUUCCAUUUCUUAGAUGGAAACAGCAUGCCUUUCUUGCUGCUUCUUGCAUUCUGUGUGUCAGGGCCAUUGUGGUCCAGCUAGCCUUCUUCAUACACAUGCAGAGAUAUGUAUUAGGAAGGCCGAUCGCUCUAACAAAAUCAGUGGUCUUCGCGACGGCCUUCAUGUGUUUCUUCUCAGCUGUCAUAGCUUUGUUCAAGGAUAUCCCGGAUGUCGAUGGGGAUAGAGAUUUUGGCAUCCAUUCUUUCAGCGUUCGUCUGGGCCAAGAGAAAGUGUUUUGGCUGUGCAUCAAGUUACUUCUAACAGCAUAUACCACAGCCCUUGCGGUAGGAGCUUCAUCAUCAAACACAUACCGGAAAUUAGUGACUGUGAUUGGCCAUGGUUUCCUUGCUUUCAUCCUUUGGUUUCGCGCACAAUCACUCGAUGUCGAGAACAAGCUUUUCUAUGCGGAAUACUUGUUAAUUCCUUUCAUGCAGUAAGUAUGGACCUCAGGAAGAAAACAUAUACAAUGUUUG